AUGUGUACAGCAUGUACUUGGGCUGAUUGGCAAGGUGCACGAUUUGGAGAUAAUAUGCGCGAUGUAUCUGUUAUUGAAGAUGAUAAAAUUGAAGCUGAACUUAAGUUUUGUUAUUCAAUAAAUUUGCAUGGUAUUGAUGAUUUAAAAAUCGAAAUUGAACAAAUUAAUGAAAGUGAUAUUGAUGAAUUUUGUCAAGAAUAUGAACAACAAUAUAGGAUACUUGAUGAAUUAGAAAAACGAAAAAAAAUCAAUUAUUAA